AAAGUUUCAGGCGGUUUCCGAAAGAGAGCGCAUUGGACGUUCACGUGUAUAAAACAUUUUAUUUCAUAGUAAACAUGCAGGCUAUAAAGAGGAAAGCUCCAAAUAUUCUGAUCACAGGUACGCCUGGUGUUGGUAAAUCUACCUUAUGCACUAAAUUGGCUGAAGUAACAGGGUUGGAAUGGAUUGAAAUAUCCAAAGUUGCUAAGGACAACAAUUGUUUGGAGGAGUUUGAUGCAGUCUAUAAUUGUCCUGUUUUGGACGAAGACAAGUUGUUAGAUGGACUUGAAGAAACCAUGUCCCAUGGUGGGAAUAUUGUGGAUUACCAUAGUUCUGAAUUCUUCCCUGAAAGAUGGUUUGAUAUAGUUUUUGUCCUAAGGACAGAUAAUACAACAUUGUAUGAUAGACUGAUUGCCAGAGGUUAUACUGGGAAGAAAUUGGAGGAUAAUGUGGAUUGUGAGAUUUUCCAGACAAUAUUAGAAGAAGCAAAAAACUCAUACAAACAUGAAAUUGUUCAUGAAUUAAAUAGUACUUCACCUGAGAAUAUGGAGAGUAAUGUUCAAAGUAUUUGCUCUUGGCUCCAAAAUUGGUUUAGCCAAAAUACUCAAACAGCUCUUUAAUUAUAUUUACAAUCUACCUUAAAUAAAAUAUUUUUAUAUUCUAAGAUAAUAUAAA